AUGAGUCAUCUCCCCCCCAGUCGGAAUAGCACCUCCACCAUCAACCAGAGCAACGAGAGACAGGCCGACCCUGAAGAAUUCUACGUCAGACAGGACAGAAUCGGCAAGGGGAGCUUUGGGGAAGUCUUCAAGGCAUUUGACAAACGGACCAGGAAACCAGUUGCCAUCAAGGUUAUCGAUCUCGAAAGCGCUGAAGAUGAGAUUGAAGACAUUCAACAAGAAAUCGCCAUAUUGAGUCAACUGGACUCGUCUUAUGUUACUCGUUAUCAUGGCUCGUAUCUCAAGGGGACCAGCCUUUGGAUCAUCAUGGAAUACUGUAGUGGGGGCAGUUGUAGUGAUCUGAUGAAACCCGGCGUGUUCAGAGAAGAAUACAUCGCGAUCAUCCUCAAGGAACUUCUAAAAGGAUUGGAUUAUCUACAUCAAGAAGGAAAGCUACACCGUGAUAUCAAGGCUGCCAAUGUCUUGUUGAGCUCAACAGGCGAAGUCAAACUGGCUGAUUUCGGGGUUAGUGGCCAACUGACAGCAACGAUGACCAAGAAGAACACAUUUGUUGGAACUCCUUAUUGGAUGUCGCCUGAAGUUAUUAAGCAAUCAGGCUACGAUUCUAAAGCGGAUAUCUGGUCUCUUGGAAUCACUGCCAUCGAGCUAGCAAAGGGAGAGCCACCUUACGCGGAUCUACACCCGAUGAAAGUCCUCUUCUUGAUUCCCAAAAACCCUCCACCAGUCCUGGAUGGUCCCGAAUUCAGCAAGACCUUCAAAGACUUUAUUAGUGAAUGUCUCAAGCGGGAUCCGAAUGCCCGGCCGAGCGCAAAGGAACUCCUCAAACACAAAUUCAUUAGGAAUUCAAAGAAGCCAAGUUAUCUGACCGAAUUGAUCGAACGUUUAGAACGAUGGAAGAUCGAGGGCGGCCAUCAAAAUAAGAUUUCGGGUAAUAACGAUCAUGAGGAUGGUAAUCAGGCUCACGAUGAUCACUCAGCAUCAAACGAUAUGUGGGACUUUGGUACAAUCAAGAAAGGCACUACCAGAAGAGUACCCCCAGGCCCAUCUCAGAACCCCGUCUCCCCAUUACCAGCCUCAUCAUCCAAACACAAUCCUCAACGCUCCCAGCAACCACAACCACCGGCUGGAGUCAUUCAACGGGACUAUGGUGCUGAACCCAAGUUUGAAACCGUCCGACAUACACUUCCUCCAACCAGCCCUUCAGACGCCCGUCCUAGCAAACCCAAGAAAUCCCCCGGUCAGAAGAAGAAGAAAGCUCCGGUCUCCGAAUCUCCUGGACAAAAGGCCCAAUCUAGACGAAAGUCCAGUCAAGCUCAUGCCGGCGUGCCCAGCUCAGAAGGUCUGGAAGUCCAAGUUGAAUCGGGGCAUCAUAGAGCUUACAACGGUGGUGCAGCUGUUGGACAACAUUCACAAGAUAUCAGAAGCAGUAGGGAGUUCGCUCGAAGUCCACCUGCACCUCCGCCUAGUAACAUUGCUGCUCAGAUCGGGAACGGCAAAGGCAGCAUUCGUGCCAAGCAUCCCCCCACUUCCGCUGAAUCCCAUCAAGCAGGCAGCUCCAAACGGCCUCCAAACGGCCGUCAGAAGGAACCUGCCACUCGGGACCAGCAUCACGACCCCAACCUGCCCGAACGAAGAGAUCCGCAACCUUCGAGCUCUAAGAACCAUAAGAAAAAUCACAUCGAUCAUGAUCAGGAUGCUCAUCCAGCCUAUCAUCAUCACCAUCAUCAGGACCAAGCUGAUGAUGAGUAUCUUCAUGCUGAAGGCGAGGAGGAGGAGGAGGAUGAGGAUCACGAGAGCGCCGGAGAGAUUCUUGAUACAGUUGUCAUUCCUGUCAUACAAUCCAUUCGAGAGAGGAUCAAAGGAAAUGCUGCUGCCGUCGCGGCUAUCGAUAAGUUCCAGUUGGCCAUCGAAACCGCCGAACGAGAAGUGCCCGGGCUGCUCAACGUCUUCGUCUCCGAAGUCGUUGAUUCGGUCGAACAGGUCGAUAACGAAGUCGCUGACUCUUGA